GCAGGCAGCUCAGUCACCAGAGGGGACUCUCACAGAUUUAAUCCCAAUCUCAGUCGGAUAAAGAAACACGCAGAGAGGACACCCACCCAGGAUGGCCGUCCAGGUUGUGUUCGUCGUCCUUCUCCUGUCUGUAGCCGCUGUGGAGACUCAAACAGUUAAAGGAGCAGUCACGAUUUGGAGAGAUCAAGUAACUCUGUCCUUUCCAAGGGAAGGAAAAUGGAUCGAACAUGGGAAAACUGAGGAGAUUAGCUCAAAUGAUACUUUAACAAUCCCGUUUAAAGGCAAGGCCCAUUACUUCUAUGAAUACUCAGACGAUGAAGGCAGCAACCAAAAAUAUCAGUUCUACGUGAAGGGGAACGCCUGUGAAAACUGCUUCGAAUUGGACGGGUAUGUGCUGAUGCUGGUGAUCCUCGUGGACGUGAUAGGGACCGCCAUUCUGAUGAGGAUAAUCUACGUCUGCAACAAGGGCAAACGUCGGUAUGCACCCCCUCCACCCCAGCCAGCUCGUAGAAGAGGGCCCCGACCAGAUCAGUCCUCUGCCUAUGAGUCACUGAACCCCAACACUCAAGCAACGGAAACUUACUCCACCGUGGUGCACAGGACUGGAUAGAGGCCCAUCGUUGGUAAAGUCAGAAGAAGGCGAACUUUUUACAAACUGAUCAACAACACGACACAGCAUGGAAAUGUCCAACCAUGUUGUUUUAGAUUUGACUUUGUUAAAAUUACACAUUAUAAAAUCUGAACGUGUCUAUGCAAUAAUCAUUUGUAUUCUAUGUGUUUAAAGGGUGGAUUGCAGCCGUUCUCCAAUUUGUUUGUCGCAUUAGAGGUAUUUUAAAUGUGCUGGACUAGUAUCCUCGUAUUCACAAGACUAUUCCUAAGUUAGUUUUUGUAUUUUUUUUUUUGUCAAAUCAGACUUAUUUGAAUAGAUAGAAUGACAGAUUAGAACAAAUUACAAAGAUAAAGCCACAUGCAAACAUGUGCAUAAUUAGCGAUUUUGUAACAAAAUCAAUAAAACAUUUUCAGCCUGAAAUUUUGGCCUCCAAGACAUUAAGAAAUCCUUUAGA